AUAUUGGUUUACCUCUUCCACCUUACAAAAUACUUUGCUGCAACUGCAACUGAAUGUCAAUAGCAGACCAACUUAUAUGUUUUGCAAUUUAUUAUACUAUUUGAUAUUGGUGAACAAGGAUAUCGCCUACGCAUGCGUGAAGCACCUGUUAGACAACCCUGAGGGCGGACACACAGCCUCUAUUUUGAGACCACAUCCUGUUUACGCUCCCAUCUAAGUUACUGUACUGUACUGUGUGAAAAGGCUCUGGUUUGGUUUGGGUCCUUGUGUGUAAAGGGGUACCAGGCUGACAUGCCACCGACUUCGAUCUAAACACCAUUGAACUGCUGGAAAUAUAAGGAAUUCUUCUCGUGGCCUCCUGUCAGCACCCACCAUGUCGUGCCGGGACAUCCACGCCACCAACGCUUUUGCCUUCAUCAUUGCCUUCGUGUCUGUGGGAGGGAUUGCUGUAGCAGCGUUAAUCCCACAGUGGCGUGUAACUAAACUCGUCACCUUCAAUCGUAAUGCCAAGAAUAUCAGCGUGUAUGAUGGGCUGUGGGCUAAAUGUGUGAAACAGGAUGGCUAUUCAGGAUGUUACUACUAUGAUUCAGAGUGGUACUCUAAAGUGGACCAGCUGGAUCUGCGGCUCCUGCAGUUCUGUCUGCCUACAGGCCUGCUGUUCGGUUCUCUAGCCUUGCUGUUGUGCAUGGCAGGAAUGUGUAAGACCUGCUGCUGCUCAGACAAGCCUGAACCAGACAUUAAGACCAUCAGAUUCCUGGUUAACACUGCAGGCUGCCACCUGGUGGCUGGGAUGUUCUUGUUCCUGGGUGGAGCUAUCGCCAUCGCACCCUCAGUGUGGUUCCUGUUCUGCACCAAGGCAAUGAACGUCAGAUAUGACAAUAUUUUCUCUGAUGGCUUUGCUGUCUAUGUAUCUAUAGGCUGCUCUGGAGGACUAAUGCUAGCUUCCCUGCUGAUGUUCAUGUGGUACUGUAUGUGUAAAAAGUUGCCUUCACCCUUCUGGUUGCCCCUGCCCUCCAUGCCUACCUCUCUGUCCACUCAGCCUCUCACUGCCAACGGAUACCCUCCUUCCCCGGUUUAUGCUCCUCAGCCCUUCCCACCACAGACCUAUCCUCCUGCAGUGAUCGACACCCAGCCGUAUGGGCCAUCCCAGGGCUACGCACAAAGUGUGGUUGCCCCUGUACCACCACAGGUGUAUAUGUCUCAGAUUUCUGCUCAAGAUGGGUAUGGUUCAGAGGUGGGAGGGACCCAGGCCUACAGCUACGCUCCUUCACAAAGUUACGCACCCUCGCAGAGCUACGCUCCUUCUCAGGCCUAUGCUCCUUCUCAGGGCUACGCAUCCAGCUACGCAGGCCACCGCUACUCUUCCCGUUCACGGAUGUCUGCCAUAGAAAUCGACAUUCCCGUGCUGACACAAGAACAGUAAGAGAAUAGAGGCUGAUAACAUCAGAACGUUGAAGGCUUCUGUCCAUGAAGUUCACCACUGAUAAAACUAAUAGUAUGAUAGAUUAAAAUUAAUAUUUACAGCCCCUAGAGUAAUAGUUUUAGUCAGUCCAGGUCUGUAAAUUGCUAAUUAUAGAAGAUGAGACCCAGUCAGAAGAACCCUGGAGGUACUAUAUGAAGGAUGAGAUUUUCUUUAAAACGAAGAUCACUAAAGCAUUGGCGCAAACAAUACUGUAUUUAAUUUAGUAUUGUAGAAAGGAGGAAAAAUAAAGUUAUUUGCAGCCACAAAUACUGAAGGACACCUUAACCAACUAGCUUUUUUCACUACUAGCAGAGUAGGACCACUAAACACUAGCCCUAAUUUGCGGCCAAUGGACCAACUUACUAGCUAUAAGCACAGUUACUAGCAUUUGGUAUGUGGCUUAAUAUAAGUUUUCACUCUUGACUUUAGAUUAAAGAAGCCUUUAUACUGGCUGCCAAAAAGCUAGUGACAGCUAGUCAUCAAAAUUAUAUUUUUCUGUUACAUUUGUGUAUGUUGGACACAUUACAUUCAUACUCAAAUGACUUGUCACUUUUGCUUGUGUAAAGCUCACAGUAUGGAGGUCUUCUGUUAUCACUACUGAACAUAACACUGACCAUCAUCAACUUUAAAUUUGGUGGUUCUGAAUGGACAACUACUAACUGCCUCACCUGUUUGUAUCUUUUGUGUCUGUUGUGUAUCAUGUAUUAUAUUGUUGUAAUGUCAGAGUGCCCUGUGAGAAGCAGCUGUUAACAUUUCUAAUGCACUAAUUAUGUGAAUACUGUGCCAGUUUACAUUGCCUUUGUUCACUGACUUUGUUAGCCUCAAGUGUUUUCUAACAUAUUACUUAAUCAUUUAUUGUAACUUGAUACUUUCCCUAAGUGUUUAUGUCAAAAAAGAUGGCAUUAAGAAAUGUGUUAGCUGUGUUAAAUUUACAAAUGCAGAGUUUGAUUACUGUGUGGAAUUGCAUUAUUAUUACAUAAUUAUGAUCUGUAAUGGUAAAAACACUAACAGGAAUGAGAGUGCUGUUCAUCUGCACUCAACAUGUCAGCUGAUUGAUCAGAUGAUUAAAACUUCUGCCAAUUUAACUGGAAGUCCAAUGUCAUAAGGUUGUCAGUGGUGGUAAUAAUUGUUAUUUAAGCCAAAUUUAACUUUAAAUCUUGCCUUUUGUAUGUUUUACAUAAUGACCGCUGAUCAACAUGUCAACAUGAUGUGUUCAUCAUGUUAUUCUACAAUGUUGAGGUCAAUGUUCUUCACUGUCAUCUCUAUUUGUUUUUAUUAAAACAUAAAUCGCAA